AGGUCCCAGCACCCUGUGGCACCUCCUGGCACCCCCUGACACCCCAGCAGAUGCUGCUGAGAGGCUACAGCGACAGGAGGGACCACAGCACCAUGGAGAACCUGACAGCCCUGCUGAGCACCAGGAGGAACUCCUGCACCUUCCACGAGGAGUUCAAGCACGUCCUGCUGCCCCUGGUCUACUCGGUGGUGUUCCUGGUGGGGCUGCCCUUGAACGCCGUGGUCAUCGGGCAGAUCUGGGUGGCGCGGAAGGCCCUGAGCCGCACCAUGAUCUACAUGUUGAACCUGGCCACGGCUGACCUGCUCUACGUCUGCUCCCUCCCGCUCCUCAUCUACAACUACACCCAAAAGGACUAUUGGCCCUUCGGGGACUUCACCUGCAGGUUCGUCCGCUUCCAGUUCUACACCAACCUCCACGGCAGCAUCCUCUUCCUCACCUGCAUCAGCGUCCAGCGCUACCUGGGCAUCUGCCACCCCCUGGCUUCGUGGCACAAGAAGAAGAGCAAGAAGCUGACCUGGCUGGUGUGCGGGGCCGUCUGGCUGGUCGUGGUCGCCCAGUGCCUGCCCACCUUUGUCUUCGCCUCCACCGGCACCCAGCGCAACCGCACCGUCUGCUACGACCUGAGCCCGCCGGACGGCUCCGCCGCCUACUUCCCCUACGGCAUCACCCUCACCGUCACCGGCUUCCUGCUGCCCUUCGCCGCCAUCCUGGCCUGCUACUGCAGCAUGGCGCGCAUCCUGUGCCAGCGGGAUGAGCUGGUGGGGCUGGCGGUGCACAAGAGGAAGGACAAGGCCGUGCGGAUGAUCAUCAUGGUGGUCAUCGUCUUCUCCAUCAGCUUCUUGCCCUUCCACCUCACCAAGACCAUCUACCUGAUGGUGCGCUCCUCGCCCGGCGUGCCCUGCCCGGCCCUGCAGGCCUUCGCCAUCGCCUACAAGUGCACGCGGCCCUUCGCCAGCAUGAACAGCGUCCUGGACCCCAUCCUCUUCUACUUCACGCAGCGCAAGUUCCGCGAGAGCACUCGCUACCUCCUCGACAAGGUCAGCUCCAAGUGGAGGAACGACCACUGCGUCACCUACGGCUCCUAGCGGACCGCCGGCGGCCACCUCGCUCUCGCCGGGGCCAGUUUGCCCUCGCAGCUUGGCGCAGCGGAGAUGGUUUGCCCUGGGGGGGGUGCGCCGGAGGGCGGGAGGACAGUGGCUGCCAGCUCGCAGCGCUUUCAGUCCUCCAGCCUGCAGCAGCGCUUUCAGCGCUCCAGCCUGCGGCCGCACAGUGGCAACCCCACCCAGUGCUCGCUCCCUCUGGCUUGGCUGCUCAGUUUGAGCAGCUCAGGACCGUAUUUCGUUGGUGGUCAAACCAUCAAUGCAAUGGUGGGACCCUGGAGGACAAGGUGGGACCAUGGAGGACUUGGUCCCUGGCUCAGCUUGAGCAGCUUAGGACCAUAUUUCAUUGGUGGUCAAGCCACUAAUGCAAUGAUGGGACACUGGAGAGCAUGGUGGGACCAUGAAGGACAAGGUAGGACCAUGGAGGACAAAGUGGGACCAUGGAGGACUCAGUCACUGGCUCAGUUUGAGCAGCUUAGGACCAUAUUUCAUUGGUGGUCAAGCCACUAAUGCAAUGAUGGGACACUGGAGAGCAUGGUGGGACCAUGAAGGACAAGGUAGGACCAUGGAGGACAAAGUGGGACCAUGGAGGACUUGGUCCCUGGCUCAGUUUGAGCAGCUUAGGACCAUAUUUCAUUGGUGGUCAAGCCACUAAUGCAAUGGUGGGACAUUGGAGAGCAUGGUGGGACCAUGAAGGACAAGGUAGGACCCUGGAGGAUAAGGUGGGACACUGGAGGACUCAGUCCCUGGCUCAGUUUGAGCAGCUUAGGACCAUAUUUCGUUGGUGGCCAAGCCACUAAUGCAAUGGUGGGACAUUGGAGAGCAUGGUGGGACCAUGAAGGACAAGGUAGGACCCUGGAGGAUAAGGUGGGACACUGGAGGACUCAGUCCCUGGCUCAGUUUGAGCAUCUCAGGACCAUAUUUGGUUGGUGGUCAAGUCACCAACACAGUGGUGGGACCUUGGAGAGUAUGUUGGGACCAUGAGGGACGAGAUGGCACAAAGACCCUGGUUCCAGUGGACAGUGUCUUUGCCUCCUCAUGUAAAGGUUCCCUGAUGGGACUGGUUGAAGGCUGGGGAGGGUUUAUUCAGCUCAUACCUAUCUGGAGAACACAUGCCAUGGAGCUCCUCAGUGUCCUUGGCCAUGACACCAACCCAUGCCAUGGAGCUACUUAGUGUCCUUGGCCAUGUUACCCACCCAUGCCACUGAGCUCCUCAGUGUCCUUGGCCAUGGCACCAACCCAUGCCAUGGAGCUACUCAGUGUCCUUGGCCAUGGCACCAACCCAUGCCACUGAGCUACUUGGUGUCCUUGGUUGUGCGACCACAUGUCCUACUCUUGACUUGGACUUUUGACCACCACCAUGUGGGGUUGUGGCUUGAGCUUUGCUUCCUACAGCCUCCAUGGAGAUGCUGUUCCCUCCCAGCAAGGAGGGACUCACUUUGGUGGUGGGAAUAGAUGUGCCACUAAGCACUCUGGAGUCUUCUUUACCAUAUAGGAUGUGUAGAACAAACCUCCCCAACUUGGUCAGGUGGAUACAGACAGUCACAUGCACCUGCUACAUAUUGAGAACUCUGACAGACCCAAGCAGGAGAAGAUUGGUAGAUCAGAGCAGAUCUUCUCCACCUUGAACACCUUGCAUGUAUCAAUGCCUUGGAUGGAUGGAUGGAUGGAUGGAUGGGUGGAUGGAUGGAUGGAUGGAUGGAUGGAUGGAUGGAUGGAUGGGUGGAUGGAUGGAUGGAUGAUGGUAGAGAACCAUGGAAUGAUUUGGGUUGGAAAGGACCUUGAAAGGUCCUCCAGCUCAACCUCUCUGCAGUCAGCAGGGACAUCUUCAGCUACAGCAGGUUGCUCAAAGCCCCAAACAACCUGACCUGGGAUGGUCCCAGCCAUGGGGCAGCUGCCACCUCUCAGGGUAAGGUGGGACAGGCUCUCACCACCCUCAACAUAAAAUAUUUCUUCCUUCUAAA